GGUGUGUGUGUGGGGUGGGGGCUGUUGGUGGGGUGGGUGGAGGUGAUAUGAUGACGGGGUAUUUAUUAUGCACUUGUGGAGACGAAAGAAACGGUUUCCCUUAUCUGGAUUUCCAACCCAAACCUUUAAUCUGUCACCUCCAGGAGGGUCAGAGCAAAAGGAAGACAUGGACUGUACUGCUGAUGGUCUGGUUACACACAGACCAACUGUCCUUAAUCAAGUGUACAGACAUAUAAUCUCUUAACGAAUGCCAAUCCAAGUGAACAUACUUUGCCAUUACUAACUGCGCACAUCGUCCCGCUUAGUCCAUUCACUGGAUCUUUCUUCAUCUUUUCUGGACUGUGAAAUGAAUCCCAUGGAACUGUACGAGAAAGUAGCUGCACAAGGGGAGUCUGUACGACUUCUGAAGACAAAAAAAGCGUCGAAGGAAGAAAUUGAUGCAGCAGUAAAGGAACUCUUGGCAUUGAAGCUGGAUUAUAAGACACUAACAGGCGAAGAAUACAAGCUUGGUAGCUCACCCACUAAUAUCGCACCAGUUAGUACUGACGGACCAGCAGUUGUAGAGGAUGGUGGUGACUAUGUGGAUCCAUGGACAGUGCAGACAUCAAAUGCCAAAGGCGUGGACUACGACAAACUCAUAGUUCGUUUUGGGAGCAGCAAAAUUGACCAGGAAUUGAUUGACAGAAUAGAGCGAGUUAUAGGUCAAAGAGCUCACCAAUUUCUCCGCAGAGGAAUCUUUUUCUCUCAUCGGGAUAUGAAUCAAAUCCUUGAUGCUUUUGAAACAAAAAAAUCAUUCUACCUGUAUACAGGCCGAGGUCCUUCAUCAGAAGCAAUGCAUGUGGGUCACCUUAUCCCAUUCAUCUUCACAAAGUGGCUGCAAGAUGUGUUUGAUGUCCCGCUCAUCGUUCAACUGACCGAUGAUGAGAAAUACUUGUGGAAAGAUCUGACACCAGAACAGGCUUAUAAAUAUGCCGUUGAGAAUGCCAAAGACAUUAUUGCUUGUGGCUUUGAUGUGAAUAAAACCUUCAUCUUCUCUGAUCUGGAUUACAUGGGUCAGAGCUCAGGAUUCUAUAGGAAUGUGGUUAAGAUUCAGAAACAUGUUACUUUCAAUCAAGUGAAAGGCAUCUUUGGCUUUGGAGACAGUGACUGCAUUGGGAAGAUCAGCUUUCCCGCAAUACAGGCUGCUCCGUCUUUCAGUACUUCAUUUCCACAGAUCUUUAAUGGCCAAAAGGAUAUUCAGUGUCUGAUUCCCUGUGCCAUUGACCAGGACCCAUAUUUCAGGAUGACCAGGGAUGUCGCUCCAAGGAUCGGUUACCCUAAACCAGCACUAUUACACUCUACAUUCUUCCCAGCAUUGCAGGGAGCACAGACCAAGAUGAGUGCCAGUGACCCCAACUCCUCCAUCUUCCUCACAGACACUCCAAAACAGAUCAAGACAAAGAUCAACAAACAUGCCUUUUCCGGGGGCAAGGAUACAAUUGAAGAACACCAAAAACUUGGUGGCAACUGUGAAGUAGAUGUCUCUUACAUGUACUUAAGCUUUUUCCUGGAAGAUGAUGAGAAAUUGGAGAAAAUAAAACAGGAUUACUCAAGUGGAAAACUCCUUACUGGAGAAUUGAAGAAGAGUUUGAUUGAAACAUUGCAGCCUCUCAUAGCAACACAUCAAGAACGACGCAAGCAAGUGACGGAUGAAAUAGUGAAACAGUUCAUGACUCCUCGAAAACUAGCUUAUGACUUUUAAUGGUAUUUACUGGCUUCAAAAUUUUUAAUGCUCAAUACACAGAGAUUGUCCCAUCUCAGGCUAGGUCUUGUUUGCAUCAUCUAGAAUCUUAACAGGACCUUGAAAUUAGAUGUAACAUCAUGCAAAAUAGUAAUAUGGAAUCAUCAAUAAAUGCUGUUAAAUUAUCACCAA